AUGGUGGGGACCGUCGCGCCGCCGCCCGCGGUUGCUCCUACUGCCUGGCGGCAGCGGGCGGGGCCGACGCGUCCACGCGUCCGUUGGGCGCGGCCCCCCGCCCCGCCCCGCGCUCCGCGGCCGCGCCUCCCCCCGCCCCGCCCCGGCGAGGUGGCCCGGCUGCCGCGGCUUCGCCGGUCGACCGCCCCCGCGUCUGAGCAGGCUUCUCCGCGGAGAGUGAAAGGAGGCGACGGCUCCCGUGAGCCCCUGUCAUUGGUCGGCCGAGGGCCGAAAGCGUGUGGGCCGGCGCCUGGUUGCUCCACCCGCAGGCUGGCGGCCGGGCUGCUGUGCCUGCACUGCUGCGCCCAACCAGCGAAGGCGCUGGGUCUCCGGGGGGACAUGCGGCCGCCCUCAGGGUGCUCUUUGUUGCAGCCCCGCUCUUCCCCUCGCUGCCACAACUCGGGGCAGUUCUUCUCACCUGCAGGAACAUCAUGGCCAGGAAUGACACGACCCAUGUCGACAAGAUGACUGGAGUCAACCAGCCAAGGACAAGGAGUGUCACAGCCCUCCUCAGACCCUCGCUCUGUGGAAGGAAGGGUCUUCCAGACAUCAGACCCAGAUGUCUGUGCUCAAUCAUCACCUCCCAGCUUCCCUCCUUUUACCCCAUUCCCUAAUAUAAAAGAAGCUUAAAGUCAACCCUGAGAUGAUUCUUUAGCAUGUAACUCCACCAUCUUCUUGGUCUGCUGGCUUUCCGAA